UGUCAAAUUCCAAAGGGAAAACUUUACUUGCUCGACCGCUUUCAUUGCUAUUUCAGACAAGCUACAGUAAACUAGGAGACGUUGACAGAAUUUGGAAAAAGUAAAAAAUGGGUAAAGUGAAGCAGCCACUGCGACGCAGCCAACGCCUUCGUCAAAAGCGUGUUAAGAAAGAAGAAUCUGUUGCAACUGCUGCUGGGGUUCAGGUUGCAGGAGUUGCGACCAGAGUGGGUAAAGUGAAGCAGCCACGGCGACGGCGACGCAGCCAACGCCUUCGUCAAAAGCGUGUUAAAAAAGAAAAAUCUACUGUUGAGAAAGCUGCCGAUGCUGGGGUUCAGGUUGCAGGAGUUGCGACUAGAGGAGCUGUUGCAGAACCUGCCGGUAUUGUUCAGCAAGCUGCUGCUGUUUCUAGGGAAGCUGAUGCUACUUCUAGAGAAGCUAUUGCUCCAGCUGCUGGAGGAGUUGGCAUUCCUCAUGGUCCUGUCGUGAUCAUUUCAGUGCUUAAACCUCGGCGUCGAGGUCAGGCAAUAUUUGCAGUAACCCCGAGUGAGCAUUCGCUUACAGAUUUAAUGCUUUCUUCGGCUUGAGAAACGAGCCCGGUGUUAAUGAUGGUGUGCUUUACGAACAACAGACUGAUAUUCUUACGUAUAUAGUUGACGUUGUAUUAUCAAUGUCACCCUCUCUGGUUGAGCUCAGUCAACUCAACUCACGCGAGUUCAUCAGAAAGUUCUUUAGAAUCUAUCGCUUUUUAGACGAAUUCGGAGAAUUUUUUCUCUUUUCUUAAGAUUGGUUUAUUUUAGAAGAAAUAAUGUUUUGAAUGUUUUUUCUAGCAACUAUAAUUUUUUCCAUGUUUAUUAAAAUUUGUAUUAUGAAA